GGUUGCCUGGUAUUGGUCUUUGUCGUCAGUUUGUUUUGUUUAGUGAAGUGGUGUUGGAAUAUAUAGGUUAUGAACUAAGUGCGAUGCAAAUGAUAUAUUAUUCAUCCUAUUAGUUUUUGUGUCAAGACAAUCAAAUAAUUUUAAGAGUUUACAAAUUAUAAAAAUGGGAAUAUUUUAAUAUGAAUUGUAAAGUAUGUACUCAAAAUAACACAGCGAAGUACAAGUGUCCAACUUGUAGGAUACCUUACUGCUCUUUGUCCUGCUGGAAGCAGCACAAAGGUACCAACUGUUCCCCCGUCGUUGAAUCAGUGAUAUCAACCUCUGAAACAUCCAAUCUGUACAACUUUCCAACUGAAGAGACAGUGCCUUUGGAGAAAUUAAAACUUUUGGAGCACAAUCAAGAGCUGAAGAACCUGUUGUGCAACCGGCACCUGAGAGAUCUGCUGAUAGCCUUGGACAAGUCACCCAACCCACCCGAUGGCAGCCAUGCAGCAGGCUAUGCUGGAGCCCAUCUUCGUGGAGUUUGCUGACGAGUGUCUUAAAGUGGUGGAACCUGCAGAAGAAUCCCAAUAGAAGUGAAAAAUUCUUGUGUUGAUCAAGACUUUAGUAGAUUUUGUGACUUGUGACAAUGCAAAGGGAGGAGAAACAGCUGGAGGUCGCCUUGGACGCGAUCAUCCUCAGAGUGAACGAUCUGAAGUAUUCGAUAGGGUCUAUGGUGGCCAAAAUCGAGAACGAGUACGAGACCAUAAACUGGCCUCAGUUCUUGGACAACUUCGCUCUGAUCUCCGGCCAACUGACCGCUCUGUCCAAGAUGCUGGCUCACGACAAGUCUCCACCCUUAAGGAACCUGACCGUCCUCCCACUGCACCUGACGCCUGAGCGAGACGAGGAGUUGGUGCGCCUUACGGAACACCGGAUUCCGGCCUUUUCCCACGCCAUCGUGCCGGACUACCUGCGCACCAAGCUGGAACCCGAGAUCGAGCACAAGAUACACGUGCUGGAGCAGAAGGCCGUGUCCAUGACUAUGGAGCAGUACCAGAAACAGGUGGCCACCUACACCAAGGUGGUGAGCCACGUGUGGGAGGUGGUCAGCAAGAUGAGGGAGGAGUGGGAGAGUGAGGGGAGUGCGAGGGGAGGAGCAGCACAGACCUCGUCUGUAGCGGACACGCACAUGCUUGUCGCCGCAGUCGCCAUGGGGAAGGGCCUCAAGCCUCUGGUAACCGCAGGGUGUGCAGCCCAAUGUCCCGGGGGGAUGAUGGUGGCUCCUGUAGGACCCCCUGGAGGCCCUAUGAACCCUAACCAACCCGGCAUGGGCCCCAUGGGGAAGGCUCCGAGUAGCAUCAAAACAAAUAUCAAAGCUGCCAACCAGAUACAUCCGUAUGCCAGAUAAAAUAAUCAUACAAAGGAACAGUAAAACUUUUCAAUUCAAGUAUUGGAUAAAAAUUAUGAUCUUCAAUAUUCUGUUGACUUUUACGUUAUUUUCAACAAAGCUCUCAAUAAUACUUGUUUAGUUACUAUUACCUUUAAUAUACUUUUUGUAAACAAAUAUCUUGGUUAAAAUUGUACAUGUUUUCAUCAAGUCUUUUAUUGAAAAUUAUAUCAUUUACAAGAGCAACAAAUGUUAAAUUUUUUAGAAUUGUGUGUUAGAUACAUCUGUCUGCCUGUUCCUCAAAAGUACUUUGCAGUUUGUAUACAAUAAAAUACAUAAAUAACUA